UGUUAUUGUAUCAUGCUCUCACGAGUGCCUCGCGCAUUUGAGAGAGCAGCAGCUACGAGAGAGUAAAGCUAUUCGAAAGAGCGGAAAUUAUCAAACGAAGCGUUGUGUUCAUUUCAUCUGUUUCGUUCGCUUGCCUCUAUCACUCAGUUUAGCGUUGUGACGCCGCGUCGCUGCCAGCUUUUGUCUGACUGCGGUUACUGCAAGCUGUGAAGAUAAUGAUGAUGAGGUUGUGGUUGUGAUGACAACGAAGUCGAAGCGACAGCAACAAAACCGCAAACACGAAAGCCGCAAGUGGGAGGCAACAGGCGAAACGAGGAAUUAGCAGUAAGGCAGAAAAACAAAGAUUGUCAAAUACUUUACAGUGGUUUGAAAAGCAUUAUUACUAUUCACAAUGGACUCAUCGCUGUUAAUCUUAAACGGCGAUUGCCUGGACAAUGUUUUCCAAUUUUUUUCGCUUGACGAGCUUAUGGUUAUUUUUGGUGAAGUACAUCCGUUUAUUGACGACGCCAUCCAUCGGCAGCUGCACAGAUUUCGUGACUUUGAGUUCAGCAUGCGUUUUCCGCCACAAUACAAUGAAGAACAGCUAAAGACCCUUGGUGGACAUUUGCGAAGUCUUAAUGUAAAUGUGGGGUAUUCUACUCGAUCUGUCGAUGUGUUGAAACUGCUGCAUCAAUUGUUUAUUGGUGCCAAAGAAAGUGGACGACUGCAGGCACUCAAAAUUCAGCACACUAAUUUUACCAACCCAUACAUGACAAUAAUAAUGCCAGUUGCGUCGACAUUACGAGAAUUAGAUCUCGGUCGUUGCGACAUUGAAGAUUACAAUCAGUUGAUGCUCUUAUUGCAAUCCGCAACGAACUUGGAGAUACUGGCUCUUUACAACAAGGAUAUCGCUUGUCUGGAUGAAUCGGUGCUCAAUCGACUGCGUAGCCUUAAAAUUAAUUGGCUAGUGGGAACAGCUAUGUUUGAUGUCUCUGAAAUCAGCAGAAAGCAUCCUCUCUUGAGCAUCAAAGUCUAUCAUUUUGAUAAUGUAGAUGUGUACGGCCCUCCUCUCAUCGGGAAAACUGGAUAUUUUCACUAAAAAGUAUAAAUAAUACGCACACUAUUCUAUAAAUAUUAUAUUCUUUUAGCGAAAUGAA